CCUCACUAUCUGCUUUGUGCUUGCUUUGCUAACCCCAAUUUGCCUCGAGAGCGAAGGGCACUGGUCUACCGUCGCUCUCUUGUAUUAUUCAUUUCACUUGGUGCCUCCUUUUCCUGCUUUAUUGAUGCCUUGACCUGUCGCAGUGAUUGUUUAUUGGCGACACGAACUUCCGUGAUGAAUGGGUUCGCAGAUCACGGCCUCAAUGAGGAUGCAUUCAGCGAGAAGUCUCAGCUGCAGGGCGGCUGGAAGACGUUUGAUGCCUUCCCGAAGACCAAAACCUCCUACACAGCGCCCUCCCGCCGCGGCGGCCAAUGGACAGUGCUGAUCCUGGUAAUCUGCACUGUCUUCUCAGUAGCGGAGUUCCGGACAUGGCUCCGAGGCACGGAGAACCAGCACUUCAGCGUGGAAAAGGGGGUAUCGCACGACCUGCAGCUGAACCUAGACAUGGUGGUGCGGAUGCCAUGCGACACGCUGCACGUGAACAUCCAGGACGCGUCGGGCGACCGGAUCCUGGCGGGCGAGCUGCUGCAGCGCGAGCGCACCAGCUGGCAGCUGUGGAUGGACAAGCGCAACCGCGGCGGCCGCCACGACGAGUACCAGACGCUCAGCCAGGAGGACGCCGACCGGUUGGCCGCGCAGGAGGCCGACGCUCACGUCCACCACGUCCUGGGCGAGGUGCGCCGCAACCCCCGUCGCAAGUUCCCCAAGGGCCCCCGCCUCCGCAGGGGGGAUGUCGUCGACUCAUGUCGGAUUUAUGGUAGUCUCGAGGGGAAUAAAGUCCAGGGUGACUUCCAUAUCACCGCCCGUGGACAUGGGUAUCAGGAUGCUGCUGGGGGCCAUUUGGAUCAUAGCGUAUUCAACUUCACGCACAUGAUCACGGAACUCUCCUUCGGUCCACACUACCCAACCCUCCUCAAUCCCCUCGACAAAACCAUCGCGGCCACCGAAUCCCACUACUACAAAUACCAAUACUUCCUCUCGGUGGUACCGACGAUCUACUCCAAGGGCAGCACCGCGCUGCAGGAGAUCUACACGAAUCCGGAGAAGGCCCAGCGCAGCAAGAACCUGGUGCUCACCAACCAGUACGCGGCCACCAGCUCUGCCGACGUGCUGCCCGAGAACCCCUUCUUCAUCCCGGGGAUCUUCUUCAAGUACAACAUCGAGCCCAUCCUGCUGCUCGUCAGCGAGGAGCGCUCCAGCUUCUUGGCCUUGCUUAUGCGGUUGGUGAAUACCGUGUCCGGUGUCAUGGUCACCGGUGGGUGGCUGUAUCAGAUGGCUGGCUGGGCGGGCCAGUUGGUGCGCCGGCGCGGCGGCUGGCGGGAAAAGUCCGAUGGGGUUUUGAAUGGGAGGCAUCUUGCUGAGGAUUGAAGAUGUGUAUUGUCAUCCUUGGUUCUGUUCUUGUUUGGAGAAGAGGGGUGAAUUUGGUUUGCAUGUGUUACGUAGGUACCUACUGUGCUUGGUACAUUUGGUUUGGGAAUAUAUACUGCUUCAUUGGCAUCAUC